AUGGCGGCCCGCCUGGCCGUCUUUGCGCUGCUGCUCGCAUCUCUGCAGCCCGCGCUGGCCUCCUUCUACACGGUCACGUCGUACUUUGUGUACACGGAAUCCCUCUCCAUAUACCCGGACGGGUGCCGCGGCGAUGAGUGCUACUCCUACACCUACACGGGCACGCUCACCGUCUCCCCUACAGUCACGCCCACGGCCAAGCCCGUGUCGACGACCACCCGCACUUACACCUACGACGACCUUGAACUCGUCAGCGUGUUCCUAGCCCCCGGCGCGGUCGACAAGUCCGACACCAUCCCGACCUCCACCACCCGGGACAACCUGUACACCGACUUCGUCGUCCCCGUGGUCUGGACCGCGCCGGCGACUUGCCCGACCCAGUUCAAGGUAACAACAUACCAGAACGUGUACCUGCCGUAUGACGUGCGGCCCUACAUCACCGCCGAGUCGACGGUCACGUCGGUGUACACCAACACCCGCGAAGACUCCACCGCCACCUACCUCACCAAGUUCAUAGACGCCACCGCCAUCCCACCCGCGUCCCGCGAAACCGGCACGCCCACUAGCAACUACUACUACACCUACUACGUCAAGAACUGCCGCAACCCAACCGCCACCGGCCCGGACUACUGGGGUCCUACCUACACCGCCGGCGGCAGCGGCAGCGGCAGCGGCAGCAGCAGCGGUGGUGGUAGCCGCAGCGGGGGUAGCGACGACUGGGACUGGACAGUCUGCUCAGCCUACACAGGCUGCGUCGCCCUCGCCACCUGGAUCAUUGUCAUCGCAGUCCUGCUCCCGCUCCUCUUCCUCCUCGGCUGGGUAGAAUCCUACUUCUGGUUCCGGCGCAUGAUGCUCGGCAAAAGCGCCCUGCGCCUCGGCACCGUGUUCUGGUGCAUCCUCUCCCUCUGGUUCAUCCUCCUCACCCGCAAAUCCCACGCCCGCAGCCCCGAAGACCAGGUCCUCCUCAAACAGUACUGGGCCACUCUCAGCGCGGGGACGCGUAUCAAGUACUGGUUCAAAUACGGCCUCCGCUGGCGGUACCCGGUUGAGUUACUCGGGAAUCCUGAUGGGAACAACCCGGCUGUGAUGGCGGUUCCUGUUCCUCCGCCUGGCCAGCCUGGACCGGGCGGCGCUCCUCCUCCUCCAGGUGACGGAUCGGAGAAGACACAGGCUUUUGCGCAGCAACAACCGGUUUACGCACCGGGCCCUUAUGGUCAGCCCCAGCCGUAUCAAUACCAACAACAACAACCUUACCCACCACAGGGACAACCGGGCUUCGCACCACCUCAAGGAUACCCCCAACCACCACCAGGCGCGUACAUGCAACCGCCUCAACCGGGCUAUGCGCCCCCGCCAGGAUCGUUUGACCCCUCGCAGCAGCAGCAGCCAUUCCCCCAGGGUCAGCAGGGUCAGUUCCCCCAAGGAGGUCCGCACCCGCCUUAUUUCCCAACACCAUCGCCUUCGCAGACAGGCACGACGGAGGUGCCGUCUGUGCAGCCGACGCCUCCUCCGGCGGCUGCUCAGGGACAGGCGCCGCCGCAGGAGUUGGGGCAGUCGGGGCCGGGAGUUGGGCAGGGGGAGCAGCCUCCUGCGAGGGGGUAG